AUGCAACGAGGCAAACCCAAAGACUCCCCAGCGACGCCCGCUGCACCAGCAGCAGGGGGUGCAUCAACAGGAGCGGCAGGAGCGGCGGUAUUCAGGGGAAACGUCCAAACGCACGCGGCAGCAGCCGCUGCGAACAAAGCGGCGGAGGAGGAGCGGUGGUUCGCGCCUGCUUCCGCCGCUGCUGCCCCGGGGGCGGGGCAUGGGGGACAGCGGCUCACAUGUCGAGUGGUGGUGGAGGGGCAACCAGACCCAGGGCGGCGCAUGGGGCGCAUGUCGUUUGGCAGCUUCAAUAAGGACGUGGAGAGCAUGGAAGAGGAAGCGGGGGGAUCAGCGAGUGAGGCGCAGGAGAGGUCGCAAUCGGCAGCAGCAGCGGCUGCAGCAGCCGUUGCCAGGGCGAUGGACACAGGCGGAGCCAGGGCCCCCAAGUCGAAGCCUCUGAAGCUGCUCACCGACGGAAGUGGCAGUGGUAAAGCGGAUUCAUCAGGAGGAAGGGGGGGAGGAGGAAAAGGUGGUGGUGGAGGAGGUGGAGGAGGAGGAGGUGGAGGAGGUGGCUCUAAUAAAUCCUCCCUGGCAGGAAACAAGCGACCUCGUGGCACUGGCGCUGGCGCUGCUGCUGCUGCUGCUGCUGCUGCUGUGGCUGCAUGCUUUGAGGGUCUUAGUGGCAGCGACACUGGUGGUGGUGCUGGCAGUGCUGGUGUGAGUGUAAGUGCAGGACUGGGUGGUGGAGGGAGUGCGAGUGGAGGUGGGUUUUCCACCCCUCCAGUGGUUCCGAGCAGUGCAGCAGCCAAGGAGGAGAAGAGUCAUGUGAAAGAGGGGUGGAGGAAACGCAGACCUGCAGGAAACACGGGGAACAGUUAG